AUGGACCCUAGGGAAGUUACAGAUGAAACACUAAGAGAACAUCAUGUCCCUAGGUUGGAUGUUGGUUGGUUUGCAAGCUCAAAAGAAUGUAUGCUACCAAUUCAACAACAACAAAAUAAUAAUAUUAGCGCUACGGUGCCUGAAUUACAUACUGCUUCUAAUACUACCGUCGACAUUAGACAAUCUAAUGCACCUAGGCGUAAUUCAGUGGCUGGUAUGAUGAGAGAAUUUACACCUCCUGAGAACACAGUAGGGGUAGUUGAAGAUGAUCAAAAAUUUAGACCAAAUAUUGAACAAUCUAAUAGAAUUCAACAACCUCAAUUAAGAAGAACAAAAUCAAUAUCGGAACAAACAGCUUAUUCAAAAGCAAAACAACAAAGACAACAACAACAACAACAAGAAGAUGGAAAUGGAGGAUCUCCAAAAAAAAUGGGGUUUUUCAAAUCUUUAUUUGGUCGUAAAAGACAAGAACAAAAAACCUCCGGUAUAUCAACUUCAGAAAGAAAAAAUACAAAAUCACCAACAAGAAGAUCACGUAGAAAUUCAAUGGCUCCCGAAGAAGAUAUUGAACAAUCUACAAAUAUAACAUCUCCCGUAACAAGAAAUAGUCAUCAUUCUUUAACUAGAGCUAAAACAGAAUCUGAUUUAAAAGAUAUGAAUAGUAAAGGAGAUACAUCAUCACAUCAUCAUCACCAUCAUCAUACACAUUUGCAUUCACAUUCAAUUUCUCAUAAAGAUAAUUUAACAAAUGAUACUAAUAUUGAAACAGAUGAUAGUAUUGCUAACCAAAGUAACGAAAAUGAAAAUGAGAACGAAAUCAAUGACGAUGAUGUUUUAGCAUCUGCAUGCGAUUCAAUUGAUGAUUCUGUAUCAGAAUUAGAUGAAGAUAACAAACGACUUCUUGAAUUUUUAAAAUAUUAUAAAUCGAAAGGUUAUGCAGUAAGUGCAUUUAAACAAUCAAAUUCUCGCCAACUACAUCAUGCUAGAACAAAAGCAACUUUUACAAUGAAUGAAGAAAACAAUCAAAAGAAGCCUUUAAAAUUAAAUUAUGAUGCAAGAGGUAGACCAAUUCCACCACAUCCUCAAAAAUCUUCAUGGCCUUCUGCAUUUCUUAAUAAGACCUCUUCAUAUGGAGAAUGUGGCUUAGCAUCAAUGGAUUCGCAAUCACAAUUAACAUCUUCAUUAAAUAAUAAUGGAACAACAGGUUCAACAUCUAAUAAAUUCGGUGCUUUUUUGAAAAGAGUUACAUCUCAUGGUGCUAAUGCAAAUACUGCAUCUGAUGGCAGUUUAGAUAAAUCAACUUCAACAAUUUCAUCAUCAAAUUUACAAGAACGUCAUAAAUUUGAUCCUGCUAAUUUUGAAGUCUUACCAGGCUUAGAAGAUUUAAAACCAUUAAAACAUGUAUCCUUUUCUACAAAUACUUAUUUUAACGAUCCACCACAACAAAUUUGUAGUAAAAAUCCAAGAAAGGGUGAAGUGGAAGUUAAACCAAAUGGCUCAGUUGUUAUUCAUAGAUUAACACCUCAGGAAAGACGUAAAAUUCUUCAAGAAUCAACAGCUGGUAUUGUAGUUGGUGGUACAGGACAAUUAAAAUUAUUAGUACCACAAGAUGAUAAUAACAAUAAUAAUGAUAAUGAUAAUGAUAAUGGUGACUCUACAAACCAAAGACAAUCAAAUUUAGAUGUAAAGAAACUAGAGGAAAAAGUACCAGAAAAUAUAUUAUCUGGUGGAUCUACAUCAGAUUCAACUAAAGACAAUACUAAUGAUAAUAAUGAUGAUGAUGAAGAAGAAGAAACCGCUAAUGAAGUCCAGUCAACUCACAUCAGAAAUAUGGAAUUGGCCGCAGCCGAGGCAGCAGCCGAGGCAAGAGCAAAGGAAACUCCUAAUGAUUUAAGAAGAACUGUAACUAAUCACGAAGAAGAAGUUUGUGUGAGUAAGAGUGCUUCACACCUUACAAUUGAUAAACCUAUGGUGAGUAGAAGAUCACUAACAAAUUUAACUUCUUCCAAUUCAAAUACAUCGUUACAAUCAGCUGGAUCUGAAGAAAUUGAUGAAGCUGUAUUCCCUCCAAAGGAUUUAAAAAUCCCGCAUGAUGUUGUAUAUACUAGAUGUUGUCAUUUAAGAGAGAUCUUACCAAUCCCUGCAACAAUGAAACAAUUAACCCCAGGUUCAACAGAUCCUAUUCCACUAUUACAAUUACGUAAUCCAAGACCUUCAAUGGUAGAAGUUUGGUCAUUUAGUGACUUUAUUAGUAUUGCCCCUAUACUAUGUUUAUCCUUAGAUGGUGUUCAUUUAACAGUAGAAAUGUUAAGAAUCAUAUUAGGAUCAUUGUCUCGUAAGAAAAAUUUUGAAAAAUUAUCAUUACGUAAUACACCUUUAGAUGAAGAAGGUUGGAAAGUUUUAUGUUAUUUCGUUUCACAUAGUGAAUCGCUUGUUUCAUUAGAUUUAACAAUGGUAUCACAUAUUAAAGUUAAUGUUCAAAAGCCUUCUAAAUCCUCUCUAAAGAGUACUUUACAUAGAAUGGACUAUAAUAAGGAUAGUAGAUCUGAGAUGAAUUGGAAUCUAUUAGCUGGUGCUCUUGCAGUAAAAGGUGGAAUAGAAGAAUUGAUUUUGUCAGGUGCUAAAAUGUCAUUAAAACAAUUUAAAAAUUUUAUCGAAAUCGGUGCAAUGAAAUCAUCUAGAUUAGGUUUAGCAUAUAACCAACUUUCUUUGGAACAAUGUCAAAUUUUGGCUAAGUGGAUUGUUCAUUCUAGAGUCACUGGUUUGGAUAUUGGAUUUAAUGACUUAAGAGGUAAGAUACAACCAUUUUCUGACGCAAUGUUUGAUAAAAUUCAUGCUAUGAAACAUAAAAAUUUAGUGAAAUUUAUUUCUUUGAAUAACACAAAUUUACAAGUCGAAGAAGGUGCCACUAGUGAAACAAACGAAUUCUUAAAAUUAUUAAGUAUUCUAUGUUUCUCAAAAAGUAUGAAAUUUCUUGAUUUAUCCAAUAAUCCAAAAAUAUUCCCCGCAUGCAUGCAUACUUUACUAGAUUGUCUACCAUCCUUUGUGGGUCUUGCACGUUUACACUUAAAUUACAAUGAUCUAACAUCAACAGAGAUUGUAACCAUUGCCGAAACUUUACCACUUUGUACCUCUUUACAUCAUCUAUCAAUGGUCGGUACACCUUUAGAUUUAGCUAGCUCCAAGGCCCUUGCUGAAGCUGUUAAAAAGAGUACUUCUUUGAUCACGUUGGAUCUAGAUUAUGUAUACAUGCCAGAAAAGAUCAAAGAUGAAAUUUCUUUAUAUAGUAUGAGAAACAUUCAAAGUGAGUUAACCAAUCCAAACAAUUCGAAGGAUAAGAAUGAAAAUAUCGAUAAAAUUGCCAAAUCCUCUAAUGAGAACUCCCAAUUACAAAGUAUCAGAGACGAAUUUACAACUUUAUUGACAGAGACAUUCGAUGAGUCAAACAAGGAUGAAUACAAUGCUACGGUAGAGAAAUUUAUUGUUAAGGUUUCAAAAGGAAGAAGGAAAAUUAGAAGAGUUGUUCAAGAUCUAUUUGAUUUAAGAAUUCAAGGUGAGUUGAAUAUUGAAGGUAAGGAAGCUUUGAUAAGAUUGUGUAUCAUAGAUGCUAGUUUGGAAAAAAGUAUAAGAUUACUGAGACAGAGACACAGCAAAACCAUUCAAGGAAAUACUACUACUAGCUCUAGGAAUGGCACCCUUGAUGAUCUAACUCAAAUAAAUUCGUCGGAAUCUCAAUUAGGUAAAAAUGAAAACCGUUCAGAUGCAAUUAUUAUGUCCUCGGCAUUUACCAAAGCGGGUCAUAGUGUUUUAUUACCUUUUGGUAGUAUUAAACCUGAAAAUUCCACUAAUAAGGCAGACGAAAUGGUAGAGUUCAGAGAUGAUGAUGCACCAAUGAAAAGAUUGGUUGAACCGGAAAUCAUAAGAAGAGAGAAUACUGACAUGGGUAGUGAUCAAGCAGAAGAAUCUGAAGAUGACAACCAAUCUGCAGAAAUGGAAUCUAUUAAUAGUGAUAAACGUAAAUUUAGUGAAUCGUAUAGAGAUAAGAUUUGCAAAGCUGCUGAGACAUCCAAUAGUGACCAGAUCAAGGAUAUGCUAUUGAAGAAUAAUGUCUCAGAUGUGUUGAAUGUCAUUGAUGAAUUACACAAUCAAGGGUUUCAUUUCCAUCACAUUUUCAAGAAGCAGGAUUGUAAAAAAAUAAAUGAAUCACAAAAUGAUUCUAGCGAAGAUAGUAAGACUAUACUACCUCCUUCUUUGGUUAUUGCUUCUAAUGAAGCUGAGGCACAUAAGGAAAAGAUUGGUGAUACUUUACCAAAGAAUGCUAAAGAGAUCGCUGAUUACACAAACAACCAAGAGGAAGAAGCAAUGAAUCACGCAUAUGACCAAGUUCUAGAUAAUCUAGUAAAAAUUAGAGUUUCAAAUAAAAACCUCGCAGACUCUCCAGAUAACAUCAAAUAA